AUGCCGCCAAACACCAGCGCCGCGCAGAAGAAGAAGAAGAAGCCCUUCUUCCAACAUUUCAGAACGCGAGCACAAUUACGCACACCCAUCAAUAAAACGUACUAUUUCCCCACCGCGCAGAAAGCCAGAAAUAACAUACGCAACAAUAACUUUCUGGAUUCAGUGGCACUAGGUGUUACGCCUCUGAUCCACAAGUGUGAAGACAUGGGCGAUCUGGGACUCAGUGGCGUGGAGAUGGGGGAUGAGGAGAGGGGCGAGAGGGGCGAACUGGAGUUUGGGACUGGGUUGGAGGCGGAGAUGGAAGAGGAUGAUGAGAAGAGGGGGAAGAUGGCUUGGUUGAAGGAGAAGUUGUGGGGGAAGGGGACUUGGGCUGUUUGUAGUGGGAGGGAGGAAGAGGAGGAGAUGGAGCGUGAGCUUAUGUGUUUGGCGAGAGCGGCGGUGCCGCUGAUGGGUGCGCACGAUGAGGAUGAGAUGGAGGUUGUCGGUGGGCCUUCGAUGAAGAGGGAGUGCCCAAAUAUGGGUGACCAUAUGGGUGGCUUCUCGGAGGCUGAUGUUCGAUGGUUAAACGGCUUGGGGGCGUGA